AUGGAGUCGUAUGCGGGUUCGGGGGAGUUCACCAUUUUAAGGAAGUUCCGCUCCGCUGUUAUAGAUAACAUAAUCAUUUACGGAUCGUACCUAGUUCUUUUCGUCUGUGUGAUGAUCUAUCUUCUUGUCAAACGCGCUGUUUAUUUUAAUGCGGCAUCUCUGAAAGUCCUGUUAAUCACGACUAGCAAUACCUGGGGCCUGUUUAUGGUGAUUUUCUUUCUGGGCUACGGUCUGGUUGAAGUUCCUAGGGCUGUAUUGCGCGCUGCAUCUCCUAUCACUAGACUGCGUUUUGGGUAUUUUUCCUUGAGCAAAAAAUACCUUGAGUACGUUGAAGACGAGGAUGAGCUCAAAAUGGUUUUAUCAGAAAUUGAAGACUUAGACCACCAAAUAGGGCCUGAUCAUCCUCUUCGUUCCCGACUAAACGUAGUUGUUUCCAAAGCUGCUGACAUUAGCGAAAUUGACGGCAAUGGCAACCGAGCUACUCGGUAUACCCGUGGUGGUCGACCCGAGAGCGGUCUAGGACUUGAUGAGGCUGUGCUGACUACACAACGCCUCGUGCGACUGCACAAACGCUUAAAGCGGGCUUAUCAUCACUGCUGUCGGGCUCAUGCUCUCUGGCAUGAGGCCCUUUGUCAAGCUGCUUCUGCUGAAGAUGUAUAUAACAAUUGUAUUGCUGGUCGUUCACGAUUUUUUGAACAUGGUCCCACGCCGGCUGCACUAAGCACCAGGGAUUCGCAUAGUUCAGUCUUUCCGCUAUGGCAGCGGCUGGUGGGAUUGAAUUCACGGUUCAGUAGUCUUGAAUGGUACUGGAGGUGUCGCAUUUAUCCGCUAGUACUGCGCGCUCUGGGCGCCAUCCUCUCAGCUAUCUCGCUUCUUGUGGUCUGGAGUGAGUGCACCUUCUUUGUCCGGAAACCUCGUCUCUCUGUUAUCGCCGCCGUCCUCCAAUCUUGUCAGACCAUUAUGUCAUACAAUCUCAUUGCGUUCGUGAGCUUCGUAUUCUUGGGCUAUUUGGGCUUCUGCAUCUACUUCACGGCCUACCGUCUUCGAUUCUUUAACUACUACCGCCUCGUGCCUGACCACCACUCCGAUGCCAUCAGUCUUAUCUUCUACGGCUACAUGCUCUGCCGACUGACGCCAUCGUUGUGCGUAAAUUUCCUCUGCUUGGCCCAUCUGGACAGUCACGUUUUAUCUUCAUCGGUUGCUACUACCACCGACGAAAACAGCACAGUAACCGCAAAGAUUUACCACGAGACGGCGUUCACUAAAUUCAUGGGCCAUCUGGACGUGGUGCCUUUUAUCGCUAACGGCUUCAACGUCUACUUUCCUAUUAUUGUGGUGCUGCUCUGUUUGGUAACCUUCUUCAGUUUGGGCAGUCGCUUGCUUACCUACUUGGGCAUGCCCCAGCUCACCGGCCCAAGCUUUAUUGACAAACGUUUGCCUGCGGGGGAAAGCAGUCUUGUGGACGAUGCUAUUGAAGAUGGUCGAAUGCUGCUCUACCGGGAACGAACUUUGGGUCGCACACGCCGAUUCACACGAGGCGAUACUGUUUCCGACCCCUCAACUUGUCGUAGAACACUUGAAGGGCAAGCCAAAUUGCAGUCUGACUUCCAUAUUCCUGAAAAUCAGGACGAACUGCGAGCUGACCAGAACUUUACUACCGAUCAACCGGUUGUGGAGUUCUCCGAGGAGAAGAUGAACGCCAUGUUUGAUUUCAACCUCCCUUCUUUCAGGAACGACGGUGGGUCAUCGGCCUUCAGAACCCAGUACACUCCUCUAGACGGAGAAGGACCUCCUCUCCUUUCUAAAGUUGGUUCUUCUCUCCAUCGCAUAUUCCAGCCCCGUUGA